UCUUUUCUCUCUCUCUUCUCUCAAAUUUUUAGAGAAAAGCAAGAAUGAUGAGCGCCAUUUUCUCUCUUCAUUUUUAAGCUCUCUUUUUCACUUUCUUUCUUCUCCCUCUCUUUCUCUCUCUCUCUCUCUCUGUUUUUUCUCUUCCGAGAAUGGUGGGUCUCCCUUCCGAGGAUUCCUCCGAUUCAACUCGCGGAGUCGACUCAGACAGCGUCAUCAACGACAACCGCAACAACGACCAGCGAGUUUACUUUGUUCCCUUCAGGUGGUGGAAGGAUGCACAGUGUUCAACUUCAGGUGAAUCUGACGUGAAGAGGGGGAUUUUGUAUACAGCAACACCAGGCACGUCGUAUGCGGGUCCCAUGAAGUUAAUCAACAACAUAUUCAACUCGGAUCUUGCUUUCAAUCUAAGGAAGGAGGAGGAUUCUUUGCACAAUGGUGAAAAUGGUGAGGUUGGUGUUUCGGGACGGGACUAUGCUUUGGUUCCUGGAGAAAUGUGGUUGCAGGCUCUUAAAUGGCAUAGUGAUGCAAAAGUUGCAGCAAAAGGUGGCAAAAGCUUUUCAGCUGCUGAAGAUGACAUGGCAGAUGUCUAUCCCUUGCAGCUAAGGCUUUCUGUUCCACGGGAAACAAAUUCGUUGGGAGUCAAAAUUAGUAAAAAGGACAAUGCAGUGGAACUUUUUAGAAGAGCCUGCAAAAUCUUUAGCGUAGAUUCUGAGCAGUUACGCAUUUGGGACUUUUCUGGGCAGACAACUCUGUAUUUUGUGAAUGACAGAAAUAGAUUUCUCAAAGAUUGUCAACGCCAGUCAGAUCAGGAGAUUCUCCUGGAGUUGCAAGUCUAUGGGUUGUCAGAUUCCAUGAAAUGUAGAGAAGGGAAAAAAGAUGAAAUCUCAGGACAGCAUCCUGCAAAUGGCUCUUCUGGUGCUUCAGUCAUGAUAAACGGUUGCACUGGCACUGCAAAUUCCACUUCAUUUGGUACUAAUGCUUCGACAUUCUGUGGAAGAUCUGGAGAAGCUGGUUCUUUGGGAUUGACUGGAUUACAAAAUCUUGGAAACACUUGUUUCAUGAACAGUGCCAUUCAGUGCUUGGCUCAUACACCAAAGAUGAUUGACUAUUUUCUUGGAGAUUAUUGUAGAGAAAUAAAUCAUGACAAUCCUUUGGGCAUGAAUGGUGAGAUUGCUUCAGCUUUCGGGGAUCUAUUGAGGAAGUUAUGGGCCCCUGGAGCAACUCCUGUGGCACCAAGAACAUUUAAGGCAAAGCUUGCACGUUUUGCUCCGCAGUUUAGUGGCUUCAAUCAGCAUGAUUCUCAAGAGCUUCUUGCUUUUUUGUUGGAUGGACUUCAUGAGGAUCUAAAUCGUGUGAAAAGCAAGCCUUAUGUUGAAGUGAAGGAUGGUGAGGGUCGACAAGAUGAAGAAGUAGCUGAUGAAUAUUGGCAAAACCACCUGGCUCGUAAUGAUUCUAUCAUUGUUGAUGUGUGCCAGGGUCAAUUUAAAUCAACAUUAGUUUGUCCAGAAUGCAAAAAGGUCUCUAUAACAUUUGAUCCAUUCAUGUACCUGUCACUACCUCUACCAUCAACAACAUUGCGAACAAUGACUGUAACUGUCAUCAGUACUGAUGGAACUGCUCAACCAUCUCCAUUUACGAUUACUGUCCCAAAGAGUGGGAGAUUUGAAGACCUUAUCCACGCUCUAAGUGUUGCAUGUUCUUUGGGUGCCAAUGAGACCCUUCUGGUGUCAGAGAUAUAUAACAACCGGAUUAUACGUUUUCUCGAAGAGCCUGCUGAUUCUUUAUCGUUGAUUCGAGAUGAUGACAGACUGGUUGCUUAUCGGUUAAACAAAGAUAUGGUCAAAGCUCCUUCAGUUGUAUUUAUGCAUCAGCAGAUGGAGGAGCAGUACAUCCAUGGGAAACUGACCUCAAGUUGGAAGACAUUUGGAAUUCCUCUUGUGGCAAGGCUUUCUAAUGUUGUCAAUGGAUCUGACAUCCAUGGUCUGUAUCUGAAAUUACUAAAUCCAUUUCAGAUACAGGCUGAAGAAGUCUUAGAUAAUUGUGAUACCUCUGAGAGCACUGCAGUUGAAGACAUUUCUCAGAAAGAGCAUGGAUCAUCUCCUGUUUCAAAUGGGUUUGAAAAGCACCCUGAUGCAAAUGGGGUUGUCUCACCCUCGGAGUGUGAAUUACAGUUUUACUUAACAGAUGAAAAAGGAAUAGUCAAGGAAUCCCAGAUAAUUAUGGGUGAAACAGUACCUGCUGCAGGAGUGUCCGGGAGGUUACAUGUGCUAGCUUCCUGGCCAGAAAAAUAUGUUAAAGAGUAUGAUACACGGCUGCUUAGCUCUUUACCGCAGAUUUUUAAGUCUUGCUUUUUCACAAAGAGACCUCAGGAAUCUGUUUCUUUGUAUAAGUGUCUUCAAGCAUUCUUGAUGGAGGAGCCCCUUGGACCAGAAGACAUGUGGUACUGUCCAGGCUGCAAAGAGCACCGUCAAGCCAGUAAAAAGUUGGAUCUUUGGAGACUGCCAGAGAUUCUGGUUAUUCAUUUAAAAAGAUUCUCAUAUAGUCGAUACUUGAAAAACAAGCUGGAGACAUUUGUUGACUUCCCCAUUGAUGAUCUUGAUUUGUCAAAUUAUAUUGCUUAUAGGAAUGGCGAGUUAUCUAAUCGUUACAUGCUUUAUGCUGUCAGCAAUCACUAUGGAAGCAUGGGAGGUGGUCAUUAUAUUGCAUUUGUCCAUCAUGGUGGUGGUCGGUGGUACGAGUUCGAUGAUAGCCAUGUUUAUCCCAUCGGCGUGGAGAAGAUAAAGACAUCUGCUGCUUAUCUUCUCUUCUACAGAAGAGUUGUAGAAUAAAAACAUCUGGGUCAUCACUUGCCAAAACCAUUCUAAGCUAGGUAUUAUUUGUUGGUGAAUAUAUCACAAAUUUUGCUGCCUUACAAUUACCAAUCUCAGAAGAGUAGCAUUCUUUCAUCUUUGGCAUUGUUUAGUCUAAGUCGAUAGUGUCUAGCAUUACAGAGGAAGGGAGAUUAAAACUUAGAGUAGAUGCCAGUGAUGGCUGUAACAUAGUAACAAUUCAAGAGGUGAGAGAGACUGAAGGGGAUUUUUUUUUAUAUAUACUUAUAUCCAUUUGUGAAAGGAAGUGUCUAGCUUUUUCUUUUUUGACAUAUUGAAAAUUUUUACUAAAGGUUGUUGCUUUUAACCCCUGUAAAGGUGUAAUUUUUGUUUAAUGUUAUUGUACAACUGAUGAUUGAACACUGAAUUAAUUCAUUGAUAGCUAAUUCACGAGUUACCAUUUUCAACA